GAAUUGGACGGUCGACGGGGUUAUAGGCUAUUUACCCGACAAGGUAAAGCGAUUCAUGUUUUUUUCUAUCUUCACUAUAUGAAUAAACUGAUUUAUAAAUUAUGUGUUACCUGUAGAUUACAUUUUUCACAUUUAAAAGAACACUGGACAAAUCAGUAGACACUAGCAAUCGUAUCAUGGUUUUCAAUAUCUAUAUUAUGGGGAGGGGGGGGGGCAUUAAAACAUCUUGUAGCCUGUUUUCAAGAGAUUUGAACAAGGAGGAUUGAUUGAAAAACUCCAAAACUCACAAGAAAUGAUCGAGAUAUUGGUUCGAAUCUUUUGGACUGAUUAUUUUGAAUUUAUAGUCGGUUUUAAUUUCAGAAAAUAACGACGUUUUCAUUAUUGGAAAAUUUUGACUUCGAUCCUGGGAGCAAAUCCCCCUUGAUUUGAAUAUUAACGUGAUUCAUCCGAUUAAGCUGGUAACCAAAACAAUUCAAUUCAGAAUUCCGACGGCAUUUUUAUAAAAAAAUUGUGUAAAUAUCAUGUGUUUAAGAAAAUGUGCAUUUUGCCAAAGUUCUUCGAGAGACAAUCUAAAUAGAAUCGUCGAUUAAAUACCUCACUUUUGCUACGUAUACGGAACGGGUGAAAUUAGAAGUGCGCGUCUUAACCGUAAAUUGAAGUUCCGUUUACGUAACAAAAGGGAGGUUUAAAUCGACGAUUGUGUUGUCUUCUGAACUAUGUUUACGCAAAUAUGUGCAUUUUCCUAAACAUAUAAAGCUGAUACACGUUUGUGAUAAAAAUGACGUGGAAAUUCCCUUGGGCUGAAAUUUUGUAGGGCCUCGUCAAAUGGGCCUUUUUGGACAUAAUAUUUGUAGGCCCUAAAUAUAUUUGCAGAUUUUUAACACCUAGACUGAGAGGAAGGAAAUAUCGUAUUGACAUGGGCUAUAUCGGCCUUAGGCCACGGAAAAUAAAGAUUCACAUGAAAAACGUACGUUAGUUAGAGUAAUGAUAUCAAUGUGAGGAAGGAAAUUAAGACCAUUUUGAAAGGAACUCAAAUUAACAAUAUCUCGAAAACAAUGCUACUAUUAAAAAGUCCAAUACAUCGCAAAUGCCUUUCUUUGGCAGUGGGAAUACUUGCGUGGUUCACCGGAGGAAAUUUAUUUGGAUUCAACGCAUAUGCGAUCGCUCUGAAACAGACGUUCAACUAUACUCAGACUGAACUGGACUAUAUAGCGUCAAGUGGGGAUUUGGGAAUACUUUUAACAUUCCCAGCAGGGCUUAUGGUAGACAACUUUGGACCAAGAGUGACAUGUACAGUGUCACUUAUUCUUACGACGAUGGGAUUUGCGCUGAUGUGGAUAGCAACACAGUUUAAAAUAUUCUUCGCAACGAAAAGCUGGCUUCUUUGUGUAUUUUAUUUUCUGGCAUCGGGUGGAAACUUUUUCAUAAUCAUAACAGCAAAGGUCGUCAAUUGUAGGAUCUUUGAAAGAAAACAUUUAGGGAAAGUUCUCGGAUUAUGUGGAACCAUAUACGGCAUAAGCCCUGCAAUAUUCAGCGCCAUCUAUGAGGGAUUAUUUGUACAGGGGCACAUUGAAGAUGCAGAGAAUCAAAAGCUUGCAGAGUUCUUCAUUAUGCUAACAAUAUUAUCGUUUUGCACUAGCCUAUCUGCUGCCAUCGUGCUAGAAAUAGAAUCGGAAGAAAAAGGUGAAUCUAGUGAGGUUGAGCUGGCAAGUACCAAACAAAAGGUGGUUGAAACGAAUGAUUCAAAGGAUGAGAGAGAAAGUGAUUGUCAAAUAAACAAUAACAAGGAAGCGACUGACAAAACUGAACUAAUUCCACCGAAGAAAACAAACCGGUUACCCCCACCGGAUAUGACGUGUCUGCAAAUUAUUAAAACAGUCCAAUUUUAUUACAUUUUUAUAAUUAGCGGAAUAAUCGGGGGAGUUGGGGGGACUUUUACAAAUAAUAUCACAACAGUAGUGAAAUCUGCGCGCCUUGAGAGAUAUGCCGUUAUUUUCACCGUUGUUAUACCAAUAAGUGCAUCAUUUGGUCGAUUUUUUGGUGGAUUGAUACCAGAUUUAUUAUUUCAGAAUUGGCCAGACGUUCCGAGAACAUCAAUUUUGUUAUUUUCUGGAUUCUGUUCCUGUAUUGGCCAAGUAACUUUCUCAAUUUUCAAUCAGAGAUUAAGUGGUUUAAUUUGCUCCUCUAUGAUCAUGGCGAUAGCCUAUGGCUCUUUUUACCCACAAAAUGAUAUAAUUGUUGUGGAAAUUUUUGGUCUUAAAUAUUUUGGACAAAAUUGCGGUCUCUUAGCAAUAAGUCGUGGAUUUGGAAUACUUAUUUUCCAAAAACUUUUUGCUUUCU